AUGGAAGCCAACAAAUUGGAACUUGAUAUAGUAGUUUACAAUGUUGUCAUUGAAGGUUUGUGCAAAGCUGGAAAAAUUGAACCUGCAAGAGAUGUCUUCUCUUGCUUAUCAGCAAAAGGAGUUCAGCCUAAUGUGAGAACAUACACUAUAAUGAUUCAGGGCCUUUGUCAUCAUGGCUUAAUAAUUGAAGCAGAACAGUUGCUGAGAGAAAUGGGAGGGAAAGGAUGUUCUCCAAAUGGUUGCACCUAUAACACCAUUAUCCAAGGUUUUAUCAAUAACAAGGAGACAUCAAGGGCUACGAGACUUAUUCAAGAAAUGCUUGAGAGGGGUUUCUCUGCAGAUGCAUCAACUAUGGAAUUGAUUGUUGAUUUAUUGUCGAAGGAUACAAUAGAUCCUGAUUGGUUUUAUUACUCUUAUGUAGUUGGAUUAAAGAUUAUUAACACAAAUGGAAUGGACUUGAAAUUCAGAUGUCUAUUUGGUAUAUGGUUUUUGAGAAUUGAUUGCAUUGGACUACUGGGAGUUGGAAUGGGUGUUGGGGAGGCUAACCCCCAUUUGGACUCAUCAUCUAGGACAGUAGCAUCAUUUACUAGCAGUCUUUCUGAAUCAAGAUUGGGCAAGAAGCCCUUGGAAAUUGCAUGCAUUAUCUUGUUUCUUCAGUUGGUUUCAUCACCAAAACUUGCUUCUGCUGAUUCUACACAGGCAGAGGCACUUCUCAAAUGGAAAGCCAGCUUUCUGAAUCAAACCGGGAAUAACAAUCUCACCUCGUGGACUUCCCUCCCCGGAAACGCCACCAAUUCAUCAACUGCAUGCAAUGUUUGGACCGGUAUUUCAUGCAAUGCUGCCGGAAGUGUCAACCGGAUAAACCUUACCAAUUCAGGUAUAAAAGGUACGCUACAUGAACUCUCAUUCCAGUCCUUCCCAGAUCUUGAAUAUGUUGACCUCAGUGUCAAUGAACUUUUCGACACCAUCCCACCUCAGAUUAGUUCCCUCUCGAAACUCAUCUACCUUGAUGUAUCUUAUAAUCAGUUGACUGGGAUCAUCCCACCAGAAAUUGGUCUCCUAACAAAUCUUCAAGUCCUCCACCUAAACGGAAACCAGUUAAAUGGCUCGAUUCCUCAAGAAAUGAGCCAGCUCAAAUCUCUUUAUGAGCUUGCUCUGAACACCAACAAUCCAGAAGGGUCUAUUCCAGCCUUCCUGGGUAAUUUGACCAAUAUGACAAAUUUGUAUCUCUUUGGAAAUCAGCUUUCUGGUGUCAUUCCUACUGAAAUCGGAAACCUAUCAAAAUUGGUUGAAUUGCACUUGGAUGACAACCAUUUAACAGGUCCUAUCCCUCCAAGUUUUGGAAACUUGGAAAAUCUAACUGUGUUGUACUUAGCCUACAACAUUUCUGGUUCUAUCCCUUCAGAAAUAGGAAAGAUGAAGUCUCUUGUGCAACUGAGCAUUCAAUCAAACAAUCUUUCUGGUUCAAUUCCGGCAUCCAUAGGUGAUCUGCCAAAUCUUACCCUUCUUUAUCUCUAUUCAAACAAAAUUUCAGGCAGUAUUCCUAAGGAGAUAGGGAAUUUGAGAUCUAUGGUGGAUCUACAGUUGAGCCAGAAUCAACUAAAUGGCUCGGUUCCAACUUCCUUGGGUGACUUGGAAAACUUAGUAAGCUUGUUCCUCCGUGAUAACCAACUUUCUGGCUCCAUCCCCCAAGAGAUAGGAAAUCUCACAAAGAUGACAAUUGCGCAAUUUGAUACCAACCGAUUUUCUGCUUAUUUGCCCCAAAACAUUUGCAGAGGUGGAUUGCUUCAAAACUUCACAGCAUACAACAAUGAUUUGAUAGGUCCAAUCCCCGAGAGCUUGAAAAAUUGCCAGAGCUUAUUCAGAGUAUGUCUUGAAGGGAACCAAUUGACUGGCAAUGUAUCUCAAGACUUUGGAGUGUAUCCAAAUCUUGAUUAUAUAAAUCUAAGCAACAAUAAGUUGUAUGGUGAAAUCUCACAAAACUGGGGACAAUUCCCACAGUUAACGAGCCUCCUAAUUGCGGGUAACAACCUUACCGGUGGCAUACCACCAGAGCUUGGCAAUGCAACUCAAAUUCAGUUGCUUGAUCUCUCUUCCAAUCAUUUAGUUGGUGUGAUUCCAGAAGAUCUUGGGAGGCUAAGUUUGGUGAAUCUGAAGUUGGGUGAUAAUCAACUUUCUGGUCCUAUACCCUCCACAUUUGCAUCUCUGACUGACCUUGAAUAUAUAGACCUGUCCACCAACAAAAUUAACGAGUCAAUUCUAAGCUUUAUAGGUGACAUGUCAAAACUAAUCUACUUGAAUCUGAGCAACAACAAGUUCAGUCAGGAGAUUCCAUUACAGUUGGGGAACUUUUUUCAACUGUCCCAGCUAGAUUUAAAGUCGCAACUCACUGGAGGGUAA